GUUCUUAAUCAAACUAAAUUCCACCACGCGCCGACGACAGCGUGGCAUAAAACAUCCAACACCAAAUUGACCGCGGUAAACUCCGAAAACAGAGCGCGCGUACGAGGUUUCACUGUUUUAAGAAGGCUGCUUUGCUUCUUCGUCGACCUCAGAAAUCCAAAUCAGAAUCCCGAGAAAUUCGUCUCCGGGAGAACCAAAAAAAAAAGAAAAAAAAGAAGAAGAAGAAAUUGGACCUUACGUUUCAGUCCAAUCCCUGAUCUUUGAUCCUCAAGAUACAGAUUUUUCAGGGGGCGUUUCUAUUUAUGUCUCCCUCUAAAAACGCCCACGAAAUAUUUGAGCUUUCAAAGAUUCAGCUUAUUUUCUUUCUUUUUUCCUUCUGGGAUUUUAGCUUAGAUUAGGAUUAGAUUGCAGAGUUUUACAAUUUCAGAUUUUAGUUUCUGGGUUUCGAAAAGCCCAUGUAUUUGAAUCUGAAUUCAGGGGUGGAGUCUGUUUGCUUCACAUUUCUCUCUCUAAAUCUCUCCCAAAAGAUUUACAAAUUCAGGUUCAAACUCAAGGAUUAGACCAAAAACAGCUUCUGGGUUUUGUUUCUUUUGGUAUAUAUAGUCUAAUUUCGGAUUCGGGUUCUGGGAUUUCGGUUUCGUUUCGGGUGGGGUUUGGUGGGGAUGGGUGCUAAUUUAUCGGGUAGACUUUCGGAUAAGGAGGGUUUGGUGCAGCCAAGGCUUGGGGAUUUACCAGAGAGCUGUGUGGCAAUGGUUUUGAUGAACAUGGACCCUCCUGAGAUCUGCAAAUUGGCCCGGUUGAACCGGGCUUUUCGCGGUGCUUCAUCGGCUGAUUUCAUCUGGGAAUCGAAGUUGCCACCGAAUUAUCGGUUUAUUGUAGACAGGGUGUUUGAUGAAACUACUAAGUUGAACAUUUCAGGGAAGAGGGAUAUCUAUGCCAGGCUUUGCAGGUCUAAGUCCUUUGAUGGUGGCACAAAGGAAAUUUGGCUAGAUAAAAACAAGGGUGGUAUCUGUUUGUCGAUUUCUUCGAAGGCGUUAUCGAUUACAGGGAUAGAUGAUAGGAGGUAUUGGAAUUUCAUAGCAAUUGAUGAAUCUAGAUUCCAGAUAGUCGCCUAUCUCCAACAAACCUGGUGGUUUGAAGUCAGUGGAGAGUUUGAGUUUCAAUUUCCAUUAGGUAGAUACAGCCUGUUCUUUAGGCUCCACCUUGGCAGAUCCUCGAAGAGAUUGGGUCGCAGAGUAUGCAAUUCUGAGCAUGUUCAUGGCUGGAACAAAAAACCAGUGAGGUUCGAGCUAUCAACUUCUAAUGGUCACCGUGCUGUAUCCCAAUGUUACUUGGAUAAUCCUGGAAACUGGGUCGAUUACCAUGUGGGAGAUUUUGUUGUUGACAAUCCUCAUGCUUUGAUCAAGAUCAAAUAUUCGAUGACCCAGAUCGAUUGCACUCACACCAAAGGCGGUGUUUGCGUAGACUCUGUGUUAAUAUACCCUAGUGGUGUGGCAAAAGAGCCUUAGCUUGUUUUUGUAGGCAGGUAGAGCUGCAAAUUACUAGUUAUAGGAAGUGUGCGGCCCCUUGGAUGUGCGGCAGCUCUAAGAAAGAAAAGAUUUAAAUUAGUGGUUGUGUUUAGGGGCAUCUGGUGUCUUUUAGAAGUCAAAUGUGUAUAUGUAAUCUUCUAUUUGAAGUGUUGGUUUGCAAAGAAUGCUUUAUGUAUUGUGAGUUGUGAUCACUAGUAAUCGAUGAAUUUCAUUCCACAAAGAGCUUCCUUCU